CUGAGUGGCUAGUCUCCUAAAAGUUAAGCAGUCAGUGCUCCAGGCCCUUUGUAGGUCUGGGCCCAGGUCCACCCCCUCUCCACAAGCAUUUCUUCUGCCUUGUCUAGACAAGUACAAUAAGUGCUUCUGUUCAGUCAAGUUAUCUUAAUUUGAUUAGAAAACCCACUUAACACCAAUGUAUCAACACACUUUAACCCCUUCAGCUCCUUUCCAAGACAAAAGAGGACAUCAUCCUGAAUUUAUAGAUAGGGGAAACUGAAGCACACAGAAGUUACAAGUCCAUAGCAUGGAACUCAGGUUUCAAGACUCCUGCUCUGAAAUGAUGUGUGAAGUGAUGCCAACGAUAAACGAGGACACCCCAAUGAGUCAACGGGGGUCCCAGAGUAGCGGGUCGGACUCGGAUUCUCACUUUGAACAACUGAUGGUGAACAUGCUAGAUGAAAGGGAUCGCCUCCUUGAUACCCUUCGGGAGACUCAGGAAAGCCUGUCACUUGCACAGCAACGCCUUCAGGAUGUCAUCUACGACAGAGACUCCCUCCAGCGACAGCUCAAUUCAGCACUGCCACAGAUGACGGUUGCUGCUGGUACGAGCAUUGAGAAUAACAUUCAAAGGACCAUAUCCUGCCCUAAUGAAUUUGCUGCACUGACAAAAGAGUUAAAUGUGUGUAGGGAGCAACUGCUUGAAAAAGAAGAGGAGAUUUCAGAACUCAAGGCUGAAAGAAACAACACAAGACUGUUACUGGAGCAUUUGGAGUGCCUUGUUUCAAGACAUGAAAGGUCUCUGAGGAUGACGGUAGUGAAACGGCAAGCACAGUCCCCCUCAGGAGUUUCCAGUGAAGUUGAAGUUCUCAAAGCACUGAAAUCUUUGUUUGAGCACCAUAAGGCUUUGGAUGAAAAGGUAAGGGAACGACUGAGAGUUUCUUUAGAAAGAGUCUCUGCACUGGAAGAAGAACUAGCUGCUGCUAACCAGGAGAUUGUAGCUUUACGUGAACAAAAUGCACACAUUCAAAGGAAAAUGGCAUCUGGAGAAGGGCCUGCUGAAUCAGAACAUAUUGAAGGAAUGGAACCAGGGCAAAAGGUUCAUGAAAAGCGCCUAUCAAAUGGCUCUAUAGACUCAAAUGAUGAAGCCAGUCAAGUGGUGGAACUACAGGAACUGCUCGAAAAGCAAAAUUAUGAAAUGGCACAAAUGAAGGAACGUUUGGCUGCACUGUCUUCCCGAGUGGGGGAAGUAGAGCAGGAAGCAGAGACCGCCAGGAAGGAUCUAAUUAAAACAGAAGAAAUGAGCAGUAAAUAUCAAAGGGACAUUAGAGAGGCUAUGGCACAGAAAGAAGAUAUGGAAGAAAGAAUCACUACCCUUGAGAAGCGUUACCUCAGUGCACAGAGGGAAUCCACCUCCAUACAUGACAUGAAUGAUAAACUGGAAAAUGAACUGGCAAAUAAGGAGGCCAUCCUGCGUCAGAUGGAAGAAAAAAACAGACAGCUGCAAGAACGUCUUGAGCUCGCUGAACAGAAGCUGCAACAGACAAUGCGGAAGGCUGAGACCUUGCCUGAAGUGGAGGCUGAACUAGCUCAGAGAAUUGCAGCACUGACUAAGGCAGAAGAAAGACAUGGUAACAUUGAAGAACGUAUGAGACACUUGGAAGCUCAACUUGAAGAAAAGAAUCAGGAACUUCAAAGAGCAAGACAAAGAGAGAAAAUGAAUGAGGAGCACAACAAAAGAUUAUCAGAUACUGUAGACAGACUUUUGACAGAAUCCAAUGAGCGCCUGCAGCUACACUUAAAAGAGAGAAUGGCAGCACUUGAGGAAAAGAAUGUUUUAAUUCAGGAAUCUGAAAGUUUCAGAAAGAACUUGGAAGAAUCUUUACAUGACAAGGAAAGAUUGUCAGAAGAAAUUGACAAACUGAGAUCUGAACUUGACCAGUUGAAAAUAAGGGCUGGCUCUUUAAUUGAACCUACAUUGUCAAGAUCUCACCUUGAUACGUCAGCAGAACUGAGGUAUUCUGUGGGUUCCUUGGUUGAUAGCCAAUCCGACUACAGGUCAACUAAAGUGAUAAGGCGACCCAGAAGAGGUCGUAUGGGGGUCCGGAGAGAUGAACCAAAGGUGAAAUCUCUUGGGGAUCAUGAGUGGAACAGAACUCAGCAGAUUGGAGUCUUGAGCAGCCACCCAUUUGAAAGUGACACCGAAAUGUCUGAUAUUGAUGACGAUGAUAGAGAAACUAUUUUUAGCUCCAUGGAUCUUCUGUCACCAAGUGGGCAUUCAGAUGCCCAGACUCUGGCCAUGAUGCUUCAGGAGCAACUAGAUGCAAUCAACAAAGAAAUAAGGUUAAUUCAAGAAGAAAAAGAAUCAACAGAACUGCGUGCUGAAGAAAUUGAGAACAGAGUAGCUAGCGUCAGUCUAGAAGGCUUGAAUCUGGCUAGAGUUCACCCAGGUACAUCUAUCACUGGAUCAGUGACAGCUUCAUCGCUUGCAAGCUCUUCUCCUCCUAGUGGGCACUCAACCCCUAAACUCACCCCUCGCAGUCCAGCCAGAGAAAUGGAUCGUAUGGGAGUCAUGACACUGCCAAGUGAUCUAAGGAAACAUCGACGAAAGAUUGCAGUGGUAGAAGAAGAUGGACGUGAAGAUAAAGCCACAAUAAAAUGUGAAACCUCUCCUCCUCCAACACCCAGAGCCAUCAGGAUGACUCAUACCCUUCCUUCUUCAUACCACAAUGAUGCUAGAAGUAGUUUGCCAGCUUCACUGGAGCCAGAAAGUAUUGGUCUUGGCAGUGCCAGUAGCAGCCAGGACUCCCUACACAAAGCUCCCAAGAAGAAAGGAAUCAAGUCUUCAAUAGGACGUUUGUUCGGUAAAAAAGAGAAGGCUCGACUUGGACAGCUCAGAGGUUUUAUGGAAACAGAGGCUGCAGCACAGGACUCUCUGGGAUUAGGCAAACUGGGAACUCAAGCAGAAAAAGACCGAAGACUAAAGAAAAACAUAUCUGGGCAUGAACUUCUGGAAGAAGCUCGGAGAAAGGGAUUGCCUUUUGCACAGUGGGACGGGCCUACAGUGGUUGCGUGGCUGGAGCUGUGGUUGGGAAUGCCUGCAUGGUAUGUUGCUGCUUGCCGUGCAAAUGUGAAGAGUGGAGCCAUAAUGUCUGCUUUGUCUGAUACUGAGAUUCAGAGAGAAAUUGGCAUCAGCAACCCUCUCCAUCGCUUAAAGCUCCGACUAGCAAUCCAGGAGAUGGUCUCACUUACGAGUCCAUCAGCUCCUCCCACUUCUAGAACACCCUCAGGCAAUGUUUGGGUGACCCAUGAAGAAAUGGAAAAUCUUGCAGCUCCAGCCAAAACGAAAGAGUCUGAGGAAGGCAGCUGGGCCCAGACCCUUGCUUAUGGUGAUAUGAACCAUGAAUGGAUUGGUAAUGAAUGGCUCCCCAGUCUGGGUUUACCUCAGUACCGAAGUUACUUUAUGGAGUGCCUGGUAGACGCAAGGAUGUUAGAUCAUCUGACGAAGAAAGAUCUCCGCGUGCAUUUAAAAAUGGUGGAUAGCUUUCAUCGAACGAGCUUGCAGUAUGGGAUCAUGUGUUUAAAGAGGCUGAAUUAUGACAGAAAAGAAUUGGAAAGAAGAAGAGAAGUGAGUCAGCACGAAAUAAAAGAUGUAUUGGUCUGGAGCAAUGAUCGAGUCAUACGCUGGAUACAGGCUAUUGGACUACGAGAAUAUGCAAAUAAUGUCUUAGAAAGUGGUGUACAUGGGUCACUUAUAGCCCUGGAUGAAAACUUUGAUUACAGCAGUUUAGCUUUAUUAUUACAGAUUCCAACACAAAACACCCAGGCACGGCAAAUCCUUGAGAGAGAAUACAACAAUCUUUUAGCACUAGGAACUGAGAGACGACUUGAUGAAAGCGAUGACAAGAACUUCAGACGUGGCCCUUCCUGGCGAAGACAGUUUCCUCCACGUGAGGUCCAUGGAAUCAGCAUGAUGCCUGGCUCCUCAGAAACACUUCCAGCGGGAUUCAGAUUAACUACAACAUCGGGGCAGUCACGAAAAAUGACAACUGAUGAUAUCAUCUCUUUCUUCUACUUUACCUGAAGUGCACUACCACAAUUUAGGGGAAAGGAGCAGUAAAGGUCUCUUCAAGAACAGGGUAAUUAAGGAAGAGAACACAAAAUUUAUCAAGCUAAAAAAAUGUGAUGUUCUUUUCAUGUAUUAAGUUAUUGGAUAGUUUAAUACAAGAGUAAUAAAAUACCUAAAUCAUGUACAAAAAAACAAAAACCCAAGCAUCUCUGUCAUCAUAAAUUUGGCAGUAGUGCACAACCAACGGUUUUAUCCACUGGAGCCACUCAUUUUUUACAUUGUUCAUCUGUUUUAUUGUAAUAUACUAGCCAUCUAUGUAUUUACUGUGUAUUUCUUUUAAAAUGUGUAUGUAAAGGGAUAUAAAUAUGAUUUUUUUUAAAUAAAAUCUAUGGUACAUGGGGUCCCAGUGCAAACUCUUGACAAUACAGUGUCAACAAUAAUGUUUGUAUCUUUCCAUUCCACCAUUUUUAUAGUUUUUUGAUUGUAACAGUCAAAUUAAUAGUUAGAAUCUACAACCUGUUCCUGCUUAAAAAUCUGUCAAUAUUUAAAGCUGAACACCUGCCUCUGAUGAUGUAUAAAAGGAUGAUUUAAACUGGAACUGGAGCCAAAAUGGACCUAUAAAGUCAAGCAGAAACAUCAGAUACCUGUAGAAAAGCACUGUGAUGGCUCUCCUCUUAAAAACAAAAACAACAAAACUGUUUACAAGAGUCAAAACCAAUUACCGAAAAAAUAUGUAUUAAAAAAAAAAAUUCUCCUGUGUUACCUGUGGACCAAGAAGAACCUUGCUUUACCAAGAGCCACCUUUUUGUUCCAGCCAGCGUGGGAUGUAAAAAUCUGAACGUUGCAAAGAAGCUGAUGUUCAAGUUUUCUAUUAAAAAGAAAAUUUAAAAAACGCCAAACCCCACCAUUUCUUCAUUGUAACAGGGCAUUAGACAAAUUCCUGUCUAACGUUAUGCUUUUAGCCAAGAUGGCCUUGCUGAGACUUCUUGAAAGUCAGUUUUAUCAGAGGAAAUAACUGAAAGACAGAAUGAUAACAUAUAGUGUAUAAAAGUUUAGAAGAGCAAUUAUUACCUACUGUGGCUUUAUUUGGUGGUGUUAGUGUUGUUUAUUCUUUGUUUAUAUGGGAAGUUUCAAAGUAAAACCUAUUUAAUAAUGUCAUUGACCUAUUUGCUAAUUUUCUGCUGCUUGAUUAUCUCAAGAUCUGUCUUUUAGUUAUUUCUUUUAGCAUUUUGAUCUGCAAUGUUUGCACGUACCUAAACAUUUGUUUUGUCUAUUUUCAUUUGACAGAUUUCAAUCAAAUGGUGACAGAUUUUUCUCACCCAUUGUCAAUAAAAAUAUUCAGUGCUAUUUGUGUUUAAUAUCUACAAGGCUGGGUAUAUGGUAGCAUGGAAAAGCAGUUCGGAUGACUGGCACAUCUCAAAGCGUAAGAAUUUUUUCCCAGGCAGAGAUUAUCAUCAACAUGAGCUUAAUGUUGAGUCUGCCACUAGAGGGAGCACUAAACUUGCUUAUAUGUAGGAUAUGGUGAAUUUGAUCAAACUGUCAAGCCAGUAAAGCUAUAGCAUAAAGACAUUACUUCAAAUUCCUCAGACUUAAUUAGCUUUCAUGUUAAUGUUUCCCCCCUUUUGAUUGUUUUAGUGAAAAAACGUAAAUAAGUAAAAACAGUGCAAACGCCAACAUUUUCAGUUGUUCUUGUCUCUUUUGAGCAAACCCCUCAUUAUGUUCCAGUCCAGUAUUGAUUGGGUAUUUUUGUAGUUUUCACAGGGUCUCAGCCCAAACCAGGAGCAACACACAGGAGAAAUCCCUGUGAAUUGAACAAGAAGUUACAUACCUGUAGAAGAC